AUGAAGGACCUGAAGGACUUCAUCCGUCUCCACCAUCUGCCUGAGCAGCUCGAAAAUCGCAUGCUGGAGUACUUCCAGUCCACAUGGUCUGUCAACAGUGGCAUAGAUGUCAACGAGCUCCUGCACAACUUCCCUGAUGAGCUGCGGGUCGACAUCGCCAUGCAUCGGAAUAGGGACAUCCUCCAGCUGCCGGUCUUUGCGGGGGCCAGUCGUGGCUGCCAGCGCUCACUCUCCCUCCAUAUAAAAUCCUCCUUCUGCAUCCCCGGGGAGUACCUCAUCCGUCAGGGCGACGUGCUGCAUGCCAACUACUACGUCUGCUCCGGGUCUCUGGAGGUGCUGAACGACACCACGGUGCUGGCAACAUUAGGAGAAGGGAACCUGCCUGGACCAGACCAGGUGAUCAAGACCAAUGCUGAUGUGAAAGUGCUGACACACACUCACCUUCAGUAUAUCAAUCUGCGUCACCUGAAAGAGGUGCUGGGACUCUACCCCGAGUAUGCCAGUGUUUUCGUCUCAGGCAUCCUCAUCUACAACCUGUGUGAGGGCAGCCAGGACCAGGAACCCAGGCGCCCCUCUAUUUUGGAAACACAAGGGGACUCUGAUAACUCCGUCCACCUCACUCCAGCAACCCGCUCCCGUCGCCCUCUCCAGCUACACAGCUUCAGCAGCCCAGUUGGCCGUAUCUCCCAGGGGAACCUCCUGGGGAUUGAGUUUGGCUGCUGUUUACCAAACCUCAGCCGUGGCCUUCACGGGCAGAGCUUAUCCCCUACAGCCACACAAGCCCCAACCUCAGCUGAGAGAGAGUCCGGGGCUCCGCAAAAGCCUUCAGGUCUCAGAUGACAACACUAAACCAGGAAGUAUCUGAGCUCACCACGGGCCUGCACCACCUGAUGGAUGUCCUCCAUACCCACGGAUCUGUGCAUCACGACGAAGCCUCCCUUGCUUCAUACACGUAUGGCGUCCAAAUGCCGAUGGCUCCUGGGAGCCGUGACGGCCACAUCCACCAAAUUGUCCCACCUGCUGGCCACUGGAGCCACAGUGGAGCUGCUGAAACCCAAACAGAGACCCACCUAAGGCCUGAUGGUGAUGAAUCCUCUUGCCUUUUGUCCUGUGCCCCUACAAGCACAUCCACACACAGCCGGCUGGUCUUCCAGUUCGUACAGCUCCAUCUUAGAAAUCGAGGACGCACAGCUCUUACUCCACCCUGCGUCUGCCUCUCCAUCCAUGUUGCCAGACCAUCCUCUUGGAUCCUCCAUGGAUUCAGGAUCACCGUGAUCAGAUGCUCUCGAGCCCCACCUUCCACUCUGCGACCCAUCUGCCAUAGGACACACCAGUCUGGAGUGCCUCCAUGGAAACCUGUUGAUUGUGUACACAGAUAUGUUUUAAUUUACUGAAGGACAAAUGACACAUGCUUCACCGUGCAUACAAGGAAUAGAUGUAAAGUAUUUUUUUGUUCUGCAUUUUUUAUUUAGAAUUCCACUGAUCAUCUCUAGUUGUAUGUUGUCCUAAAGAUCCUUCGGGAGAGUCGAAUGUUUCCUAUGUUUUCCUCACCAUUAAAGAUUACGCUGUGAAAUACUGUAGGUUUAAUUUCUCUCUCCACAAAAACACUUUCUCAAGGAUCUACAAUGCUACAAACAUGGUAAGAUAA